AUGAUGAUGGUGAUGAUUCUGAUCAUGUUAAUGAUUGUGAUGAUGAAGACGGCGGCAGCAUCGGCGCCUGGCCCUGAGAUGAAUAUUAAGCCUGGAGUUGAGACUGGCGUGGCCAAACGAACCCUGCACUUCUGCCACCAGCUGGGCUUCAGGGUCACAGAGAUUCCCUCCAACCUCUCCCGCAACACCGAAUGCCUGGAAGUUAAGCAGACGCAGAUCAGAGUGAUUCCCCAGGGCGCCCUCACCAGCCUGCAGCAUCUCAGGAAACUCACCAUAUUGGAGAACGAUAUGCUGAAGACCAUCAGCGCUUUUGCCUUUGCCAGCCUCUCUCAGCUCAUUGCAAUCUACAUUGAUGGGAAUGUUGCAUUGGAGAGUAUAGGAGCUUUUGCUUUCUCUGAUCUCCCUGAACUCCGUGAGAUAACCAUAAGAAGGUCAAAACACCUAAGACACAUCCAUCCAGAUGCUUUCAAGAACAUCGUGAAACUAGAGUAUCUGCUCAUCUCCUACACCGGACUCAGAAUGUUCCCAAACUUCACCAAGAUCCACUCCAAGGCGCACGGCGUUCUGGUUGACCUGCAAGAUAACAACCACAUAAAAAGAGUCCCCGCCAAUGCCUUCAGAGGCCUCUGCACUCAAUCUAUCAUCAUACGGCUCAACAGAAAUGGCAUCAAGGAGGUGGCAAGUGACGCCUUUAAUGGCACAAAGAUGCACAGAUUGUAUCUGAGAGGAAACACACAGCUUACUCACAUCAAUCCCAACGCCUUUUUGGGUUCCAGUGAGUUGGUGGUACUGGACAUUUCUCACACAGCCCUCAGCUCCCUGCCAGACCACAUCCUCGGUGGACUCCAGGAGCUGAUCGCAGAGGCCGCCCACAAUCUGAAAAAACUUCCUCCUCUAGAGCUUUUCACCAAACUCCGCCAGGCCGACCUGACGUAUCCGUCACACUGUUGCCUCCUCCAAAACAUUAGCAGGAACAGAUCGAGUUGGCACACCCUGUGCUCUCACCCCGAGGCUCAGUAUAACCUUCAAUUCCACAAAGACUACUGCUCCAACUCCACCUCCAUCACCUGCAGCCCAGCCCAAGAUGCCUUCAACCCCUGUGAGGACAUCAUGCCCUCGGUCCCCCUACGGGUCCUCAUCUGGAUCAUCUCUAUCCUUGCGCUGCUGGGGAACACAGCAGUACUUCUUGUCUUGUUAGGCAGCCGCUGCAAACUGACUGUUCCUCGUUUCCUGAUGUGCCACUUGGCCUUUUCUGACCUCUGCAUGGGCAUCUACCUGGUAAUCAUAGCAUCUGUGGACAUGCUCACUCGUAGCCAGUACUGCAGUUACGCCAUAUACUGGCAGACGGGCCUGGGCUGUAGUGUGGCAGGCUUCUUCACGGUGUUUGCCAGUGAGCUGUCAGUGUUCACAUUAACAGCAAUCACACUGGAGCGCUGGCACACAAUCACAAAUGCCCUGCGGCUCGACCGUAAACUUCGCCUGAGACAUGCAUGUAUUGUCAUGACAGCAGGCUGGAUCUUCUCGUCUAUUGCCGCUUUGCUGCCCACAGUCGGGGUCAGCAGCUACGAAAAGGUGAGUAUCUGCCUCCCUAUGGACGUGGAUGAUCUGGUGUCUCAGGUCUAUGUGGUGUCUCUCGUCCUCCUCAACAUCCUGGCCUUUUUCUGUGUGUGCGGCUGUUAUCUCAGCAUCUACCGGACCGUCCGCAACCCCUCAUCAGCGCCGGCGCACGCCGACACCUGCGUCGCCAAACGCAUGGCUAUCCUCAUCUUCACUGACUUUGUCUGCAUUGCUCCCAUCUCCUUCUUUGCUGUGUCAGCUGCCCUCAAGCAACCUCUCAUCACCGUCUCAGACGCUAAAAUACUACUGGUCCUCUUUUACCCCAUCAACUCCUGCUCCAACCCCUUCUUGUACGCCUUCUUCACCCGCACUUUCAGGCGGGAUUUCUUUCUCUUUACAGCUCGCUUUGGCCUGUUUAAAACCUGGGCACAGAUUUACCGGACAGAGUGUUCCUGGACCUCUCCAAAGACCAGCCAUGUGACGCUGUACUCCUUGGCCAAUACAUUAAGUCUAGAUGGGAAACAAGAGUGCUGACUGUCAUUCAAAAAUCCACAGCUACAGACUUUUUGCAGGAUGUUAAUAUAUUUCUCUCCCCACAGACAUCCUUUUUCUCUUAGGCAAAUAUAUACAAUUCUGGUGAUCUCUCUCCUGAGAGAUCACAUCUGUCUCCUAAGAGAUCACCAGGUAUCCUACCAACGCAUUGUCAAAGAAUCUAAAGCAAAGCAUUUUUCUGAUAUCAUAGCCAAAAAUGCACAUAGCCCUAAAAUUGUAUACAGUGCAAUACAUACUGCGCUAAAUCAUGCUAUUGCACUCCCUGAUGCUACGUUUGAAAUCACAGAACAAUUUGUGAGCUUUUUUAUCAAGGUUGACACUAUCAGAUCUACUGAUGACCCUUCUAAAUCAAUCCUAUGCCCUGCUUCUCUGAAUUGUUUUGUGCCUGUAGUCCUGUCAGCAUUGAUGGAUAUUGUAUCACACAUGAAACCUACCUAUUCAUCCUCAGAUAUUGUCCCCUCUCGUCUUUUGAAAGAGGUAUUUGAUACUGUUGGUCCCAGCCUCUUUUCUGUAAUAAAUAUCUCUCUUAUGAAUGGCACAGUCCCAUCUAGCUUUAAACAUGAUGUGGUUCAGCCUCUAAUUAAAAAACCCAACCUUGACCCUAUGGAUUGUAACAGCUUUAGACCUAUUUCUAAAAUAUUGUUUAUGUCAAAGAUUUUGGAGAAGAUUGGUCUUGCUCAGCUCUCUUCAUUUUUAAGUGAAAAUAAUGUCUUGGCCAAUUUUCAGUCUGGUUUCAGAGUACACCAUAGCGCAGAAACAGCACUUCUUAAAGUGCUAAAUGAUUUGUUGCUGUUCCUUGACGAAGAGAAUUGUGCUAUUUUACUCUUGAUGGAUCUUAGUGCUGUAUUUGACACUGGUGAUCAUGUCAACUCGUUGGAUCACCUUCAGCAUAAGGUAGGAAUCCAGCCAGUUAUUCUACAGUGGUUCAAUUCUUAUUUAAAAAAUAGAACCUUUUCUGUUGAAAUUGGAAAUAUUUCCUCCUCUUUUACAUGCAGUGUACCUCAAGGUUCAAUUCUAAUUAAUUAAUUCUUGGGCUCCAUUCUUCACAAACAUAACAUAUCUGAUCACUGUUAUGCUGAUGAGACACAGUUGUACCUGCCUCUAAAAACAGGUGAUACCAACUCUUUAAAGUCACUUUUUCAUUGCCUGAAAGACAUUAAGUGCUGGAUGGCUAACAACUUUCUCCAACUUAAUGAGAGUAAGAUGGAAGUCAUUUUGUUUGGCCUCCCAAAUUCACUUGAUGCACUUUUGAAAAAUGUGGGAACUUUAGCCUUAAGUGUGCACCCUUUUGCCAGAAAUCCAAGUUUCAUUUUUGACCCACCAUUACAAUUUGAGAAAAUAUAUUUUUCUGUUGUCAAAUGUAGCUUUUUUCAUCUCAGGACUAUUGCUGAACUAAAAUGCUUCCUCUGUCAUAAGGACUUGGAAACUUUUAUUCAUGCUCUUAUUUUGUCUUGUAUUGACUACUGCAAUUCCUUGUACUCUGGGAUUUGCUAUCUUUAUCAUAUCUGCAGCUUGUCCUGAAUGCGGCUGCUAGAAGGUAGACUGUUACCAAAAGGAGGGAUCAUAUCUUCCUGAUAUUGGCUUCUCUUCACUGGUUAUCGAUCAUAUAUAGAAUUGAUUUUAAGGUAAUGUUACUUGUUUUUAAGGCAUUACGUGGAUUGGCCCCUUUAUAUAUUUAAUCCGUUCCUUUUAUCUAUUCCACUGUCUUGGAUGAAAACAAAGGGUGAUCUCAGAAUCAGAAUCAGAAUCAGAAAUACUUUAUUGAUUCUGAUUCUGAUUCUGAGAUCACCCUUUGUGUCUACUCCGUUGUUGCCCCGAGACUCUGGAACAAACUUCCCAUUCAUUUCAGGGUCUCCUCUACUACCGAGAUCUUUAAGUCUUGUCUUAAAACACAUUUUUAUUAUUUGGCAUAUGAUUUAGUUUGGGGAAAUUUAUAUAGAAGUGUGCUGUUUGUAUGAUGUGCAUUGUGUCUUUAUUUGUAUUGUCUUCCUUUGUUUUUAUAACUUUGUACAGCACUUUGUUGAACCUAGGUUGGUUUUAAAUGUGUUCUACAAAUAAAUUGACUAGACUUGACUUGACCUCUGACCUACAACAACACAGGUCACAAGUGUCCUUCCUAAACCAUGUGUGACCCAUGGGUAAACACUACUGCAUGUACAGUGUGUACAGACAUCCAAGUAAAGAUAGCUACAGAAUAAUUGAAGAUGCUUUGACCAAAUCUCGUUUAAAAAGCUGUCCAAGAUAAUUCCUUACGUUUUGUUUGAACUUGAUUGGAACGCCAGAUGGGUGGAGUUAACUGCAUAAUAGCAAUUGAGAUCACAAGUAAAAGUAGAAAGAGUUAAGGAAAGUGAGUAAAGUGAUUUUACUUUCAUGCAUUGUCUUGUGUAACAAAUGCCAUCCAUCUGGUGUCUCGGGAUAAUUAAAUAAACUGAAGUACUUUGAAACAGUUUUACAAAGGUUUGACAGUCAGGAUGUUGGCAUAUAAUAUGCACAUCAAGAAAUUAACAUUAAUUUAGCAUUCAAUGUUAUAAUGGAAUGAUAUUCAUU